UUUGUGGGUUUCUCACCUCUGUUCCUGUAUGUGAGAGUUUCCUGGUCUGAGCUGCAGAGCAAAGCUCUCAGAGCCUCUGACAUGUAGUGGUCCACAAAGAGGAAGAGGAGCUUUUUACUGUCUGCCAACCUGCUGCUGGUCUCAUUUGAUCCAGCUGCAGAAUGGAGGGAACAUCUGUCCACAGGCUGCUGGCUCUCAUCUCUCUGCUGAGCUGCUCAACAAACCAAGCUGCUCUGACUGUGAGUCCCAGCAGAUCUCAGUUCUUUAGAGGGGACUCUGUGUCUCUGAGCUGUGAGGAGGACAACAGCUCUGCUGGAUGGGCUGUGAGGAGGAACACAACCAGAGAGACCAGGACUCAGUGUGGAGAUGGAUGGGGGACACCAGCUGGUUCUACCUGUACCAUCAGCAGCCUCUUCAUAGAGGACAGUGGAGAUUACUGGUGUGAGUCCAGAGAGGGAGCAGCCAGCAGCAGCAUCCAGCUCACUGUCACUGGUGGAUCAGUGAUCCUGCAGAGUCCUGUCCUCCCUGUGAUGGAGGGAGAUGACGUCACUCUGAGCUGUCUCACAAAGACCGCUCCCUCCAACCUCCCAGCUGCUUUCUCUAAAGAUGGCUCCUUCAUCAGGAAUGAGCCUGCAGGUCACAUGACCCUCCACCAUGUGACCAGCUCUGAUGAAGGCCUCUACAGGUGUAGCAUCAGCGCUCAUGGAGAGUCUCCAUCCAGCAGGAUCUCUGUCUCAGGUCAGCAGCUUCACUAUAGUUUAACAUGAAGACACGUGGUGCU